AUGGCUGGCUUCGCAGCCUCCAGAAAGAAGCGUUCUGCGGAGCCAGCUCAUGAUUCCGAGACAGAAUCGACUACAACUUCAUAUCCAUUAUCGUCUCAUCAGCGGCCUCUGAAGCGCCAAGCUCCCUCGCCCGCUCCUAUUUCACCUCCUUCACGGGAUUCGUCGGGUUUACCUGACAACCAAAUCCGUGACCUGUUGCCUAUCGUGCCUACUUCAGCUACCACAUCGCCUUCAAACUACGGUCGUAUCAACGCGGAAAACGAAACUAACUUGGACCUGCUUGAGAGCAUGCCGAAUGAAGUCAAUUAUUAUCGACAACGCAUCUUGAGGAAAAUGCCAGGUCAAAGUAGCACCGCCAGUGGCAAACAGCACCAUGAUACCACCUUUGAAGUAAGCAAUAGGAACACCUUCGAACAUUGGCCAACCGACAGCCAGGUUAUCAUUCAUGGUUUUGAGCCACAAGUCAAGCUGCAUCUUGACAAGCCCGUUCUGCAGUUUGAUGUCCAAGACAGGCAGAAGACCGGAAAUUUUUCCAUUAGACGGGGCGCUAACCGCUUUGCUUCCGAAAAGCCUAUGGCGCGUGGAAAUCGUUCAGAUCCGAUGUUCAGUAACUUCUUACUCACGCGGCCAUUAGACCCUGAAAAGGCGGAUGAGAAACUCGCAGCUGACUACCCUUAUGAUCAUGUCUGGCCGCCACCAACCAUCCCAGCUCGUCACCACGUGUCUGGCGCAAGAUCUGGUCAAGCUGUCAUCGACUUGUCGCAAGAUGAUCGGCCCAGGUCUCGAGGUGAAGUCUCCGAUCAGACCUUCCGUAUUCGGCAGUGGAUGCAAAUGCCAGGAACGCCACCGCCGCCGAGCCUCGUAGGCGGCCAGGCUGGUAGCUUCACAGGCAUGGUGCAAGUUCUCAACGGAUUAACCGAUGCAGACAACGUCAUGCUAGCUGCUGGUGCUAUGGGCGUCCACAUUGGUGAGGAAGUCAUCACGUACUCGACUCUUGACCCGGUCCUAUAUACACCGACGCCGACAAAGCCAUGGCGGGGUAUAUGGGUUGGCGAUUAUAGUGGCCAUGGAUGUGAAUUCCUGCUCAUUAACCAACCUGACGAUCCUCAUGUCACUGAUGCCGAGCUUGGCCUGGUACGAGAUGCUGACGAGACGGACCAAGCCUGGGAAAAGCGAAGGAGGGAAGCCUAUACGUAUCGUGGCCGCCUUGAAGCAAUCAAAUUGACGGGUGAUCCCAACGUGCCGCGGGGUGAGUACACCUUUGUCUGUGAUGAUCUUGGCCCCGGAGGUUAUGUAGGGGUAGCCACCGACCCUCCCUUCGCGGGGGCUAGGGUGGUGAAGAGCAAGGGACACGUUGCUGCAACGGGGUUUAUUCAAGGUAAGCAAAUGGAUCGAGAGUCUUUGAAGGCGUGCAACCCAUCAUUUUGGGAGAUUUCACCGCUGUUAGAACCAAUCGCUAAUUAUACCGGCGUCCACGCUGGCCACACAGACAAGUAUAUUGAAAGUCAACUCUUGCUCAUUGGACCGAAUCGGCUGGCUCAGUAUUGGGUUGGCUUUGGGCAUAUCAGUUUCUUUGAGAGGGUUCAAAUUGAUGAAUUGAUUGUACCGUAA